AUGACAGCGCAGAAGCAUGCGGAUCUGCCUCGAGCUGCUUCGUACACGCACGUGGGCAAUGCGAAGUUCCAGGACUACCCGGAUCACGCCCCGAUGAAGGACAGUCUGGCGGAGACGGAAGCAGAGGCUUCGCAGGACGAUGACUAUACGGACACCACGCCGCCGGACACUUCUGGUGUUAACACCCCGGAUGAGAACUACGAGGAGGUGGAGUUGCGGGCGGCGCCUCGAUUGCGCGCGAUAGUCGCGGAGCUGCAGAAGAACUCGAACGUGUUGAUGCAGACGCUGCCGGAGGCUUUGGAGGAUGAUAGGAAGAGCAAGGGGUCUUCGGUGCGAGAUCACAGCUCGAGUGUCGAUUCUGCGAAGACGGACACGACGUUGUCUUCGACUGCACCUAGCACACCACGCGCACGCAGCUCGAUCGCCAGCAACUUCUCUCGCAAGCUGAAUCGGAGGUCGUGGAUCAGCUCGGCGCCUACAACGCCCUCACGUUCGCCAUCGCCGCAGAAAGAGUCGUCUGCGCAGUAUGCCGAGGAUAGCGAUACACCAGUGCAUGUCAUCACCGAGCCAGAGAAGGCACACACGAAGCGGAGGAAGUCGUUUAUCCGGAGGAAAGACUCGUUGAAAGCACCAAAGGGACAACCACCAACCGCAGCGAGCCGGGAGCAGUCAGAAGAUGAGCGCCCACCUUCGAGGAAGAGCACGGUGAAGAGGAAGCCACGUCCACUUAGCGGUCUGUUCAAGGGACCGGUGGUGGAUGAGAACAAGACGCCUACUGAGACAACUCGCGGCCGCCGGGCUGUCAGCGCUUCAGUGGCCGACAAUGAUAUCCCUGCUACGUACAAGCCGGCGCGACCGCCUGUGCCUUCGCUGCCAAAGUCCUUUUCUACGGACAAACUGCCUUACGAACGCUCAGGGCUGCCUCCUCAGCAUCGAGCAGCACCGAUGCCGAGACUCCUCUCCCCAUCCGAGAAGUCAUCAAGUCCAUUCAUGACACCGAAGAAAAAAGACGAGCUCUGGAGCACUUUCCGCAUGCUGGAUGGCGAUUUCACCAAGUUUGCUUCGAAAUCGCUUGCUUUCAAGGCGAAUGUUGUGCGCUCGAGUCUUUUGCCGUUCCUGCGAACCUACGCGACGCAUUCUUCGAACAAGACCCUUCGACCGGAAGAUCUGGAUCGGAGGGCGAAUAUUCUUAAUAAAUGGUGGACUGGUCUGAUUGAGAUGCUUCACGGACGGAACAACCAGUCAAUUUCUGGGACUGAUAGACCUGCGAUUCUGGACGGGAUAGCUGGAAUCAUGGAGAGGCCGGAGUGGAGGCUACCGCCGUCACCAUUCUGUCCGCUCGCCCAGCGCUUGAAGGCUCCUGCGACUAGCCGCAAUCAGUCCAGCACGUCUAUGCUUUCCAGCAACUCGGACUUCCUGGCGGAGUCGGUCCAUCAUAAUGUGCGGAACAUCUUUAUCCAGAACUUGAGUGCUCAGAUGGCGUUUGUGGUCGACAAGAUGUCGUUGCGGAAUGCCUCUGCGAGCUUGGUCACGUUCUGCGGGAAGGCUUGCGCGUACGCUUUCAUGUUCGUUCCUGGGAUGGCUGACGUUCUUUCACGGCUCUGGGACUUACAGCCGGAUGUUCUGCGGAGAGUGCUUGAUGGCAAUGGGGUUGGGAAGUUCGAAAACCUGACUGGGGUGACGCAGACCAUCGUGUCUUCGUUCCCACCAGCUGUGCAACAGCUCGGCUUCAGUUCGCUGAUGAAGUACAUGCGGAAGCUGCGAACGCCGCCACCUCUACCUCUCGGAACUGCGAAUAUCGAGUGGUGGGGACACUGGCUCGAACGCUGGAGCGGCCGGGAAAGCGACCUCUUCUACGUCUUUGUCAAGUACUUCCACAUCCUCGCGUCUGACUUUCUGCCACCAGAUGCCUCGAAGAAAGAGCGCAUGUGUGCGCCCGGCUUUCUCCUAGUCCACGCGCAAACACUCACCAACCUCGACGCUACGAUCCACCGAGACGCGAGCCAACAUUCACCUGACCCUACAGCUCCCGGCUCCUCACCCACAUUCGACGAUGUGCUUUCCGACCCCGACGCAGUCGCUUCCGCUCUACCACUACCACCGAAUAAUGCUACACGACUAAUGGCGGAGAACCGCCUCAUAAUGCUAAUACGAGAUUUCCUAUCCGAACGUGCCGCCGAACACCCGGUAGCGCGACGGGUGUUUGCCGAGUCCUUCAACGAUCUUUUACAGACGGCGGCGCGCGGGACGUCGAUUUUCGAUCACUUCGCUUGUUACACUUUGCUGGAUUUCCUGGAGGAGGCGCUUCCUUUGCUGAUCCGCUUUGAGAAGAUGGAGGGAUCAGAGGGGUCCCUGAUUGAUUCCGCAUUCUGGAUGCUGGUGUGGAGACGCAUGAUUGAGAGCCAUAAUACCAUGACGGAGGUGCGGCUGUAUGCUUUCUUGUACACGGUGUGGAAUACGGUGAUUUGCGAGCUGGGGUGGAAGGCGGAGGUGUGCAAUGAUCUGCUGCUGGAUCAGGAGAUCUUUGAGAGCAGGUUUAAUCAUUGGUGUCCGAUGGUGCGAGCUUAUUUCAUGCGGCUGCUGUGUUGGCGGGUGGGACGGUACGAUGGCGAGCCGGCGCCGGGUUCGGUGACGAUUCUGGAGACGUUCCUGGAGAGGCUGCAGACGAUUUGGUCGUACUAUCUCUACCUGCGAGAGCAAGCCGUGCAGCACGACAUCCUGGCGCCCUCGACGGCUCCGUGCAAUCCUGCGCCGAGCCGAAGGCUCCUGAUCAUCCGGACGGACCCGCAGGUUAACACGCCAGCGGCUUUCCUCUCCUUCGAUGGCCUCGUGGCGCCGAAGACUCCCACCGAUGCGAUGAACUCACGGCGCAUGUCGACCAUCUCCAACAUGCCCAUGGCCCUGCCCGACGCCCGCCCGGAUUCCUCCAUGUCCUCCUUCUCCGACAUGAGCGCCGAGCCCCGCGGCCGCAGCAGCAGCGGCGGCAUAGGCGGUUUCCUCAAGAACCUCGUCUCCUCCAAAUCCCGCUCGAAAUCUCGCGGACCGCCUCCCACUCCCGCCAAAACACCUUCCGGCGCCCCGCCAGUCCCCGACCGCAGAUCCAUAAUCGCUCCCGCUGGCUACGGCCUCACGCGUUCCGCGACCGACGACCUCACCGCCUCGUCGAACAAUGCCUCCAGCACCUCCCUCGCCGCCCCCGUCCCGCAAACUCACCGCACCUUCACCUUCAAGUUCUCCCUCGAGUACACGCCACACGCGAAACCGCACCAUCCGCUCCGCCUCCUGCCGCCGCGUCUACCGCUUCCAGCGCAGCAGCUGCUUCACACGUUCUCUUCGGUGACGACUUCGCCGUCGAGGCCGAGGCGGCCGAAGGGGGAUAGCGUGGCGCAUGCGCGGUAUUGUGGUCGGGCGCUGGCGGAGUGGGCGGUGGUGUUGGGGGAGUUUCAGGGGUUUUGUGAGAGGAGGGAGAAAGAGGGGGUGCCGAGGUGGGCGGUCGAGACGCCUGGGAUGGGGGUGGAGGUGUUUAGGCGGCCGGGGUGA